UUGACAUUUCUCGUUUGACAGAAGUCAAACAAAUACCAAAACAUUGCGGUUUCGUUCUUAAUCGUAUCAAAAUUAUUUAUCAUUUGAAUAAUAGUUUUAGUAUAUGAUGACGGACUCUGACGAUGACUAUAUGUCGGAUAAAAUCCUCAUGGAGUGUAAUGCCACCGGUUCAGAAGACGUUCGACCGGGUCUUUUAUUCAACAGAGGUCUGAAGAGGGCCCAUGAAUUACAUAAAAAGAAAGAGGAGCUUAAAGCCAAGAAGUUCAGACCUCUCAAGCAAAUCGAAAAAGAUGUGCGUGAAGAAGGACUUGGUACAGCAAUAUCCGCAGACAAUAAGGGCUUCAAAUUAUUAGAAAAAAUGGGUUUCAAGCAAGGAGAAGGUUUGGGUAAAUCUGGCGCUGGUCUCAGAGAGCCGAUUAACAUUGUUGUCAGACAAGGUACUUCUGGACUUGGAAGGGAAAGUCACCAACAAGAGAUUUGGAACAGGAGAAGGGAAAUGAAAUCCAAAAAGAUCUGUGAUCGGGAGAAUAAAUUUCGAAUUACGAAUAGGGAGAAGAAGCGCUUACAAAUACUUAGAAGCGAUUUCUUUAAUGCUCAAAGAGUAUGCGAAGAAUUAGACUAUAGAAUUCAUCGUUCCGAUCCUGUUGAAGACUUUUAUUGGACAAAAAAAACUAUUAAAAAAAAACGAAAAGAAGAAAGGCAAAAUAUAAUCCAAGAUGAGGAAGAGGAUGAAGAUAGUGAUGAUGAAGAGUUUGAAACUCAAAUCAAUGAAGAAAAUCUAAAUGCUAUCAUCAAUUACUUGAGGAAUAAACACCUGUAUUGCUUGUAUUGCAUAAUGACGGGUACUAAUGAUGAGGAUCUUAGAGAAAAUUGUCCUGGGCCCUAUAGAAUAGAUCAUGACCCAGAGUACGAUUAGAUUUAAUUUCAGUUUAUACUGAAGUAAAGGUUCAUUUCAAAUAGGGCUAAAGUGGAAACUAAUAAUGUAACUGACGAAACAGCAAAUUACUUCUAAAAAGUUGACAUUCUCUAGAAUAUUCCUUAUUUUUUUGAGCCAAACUAAUUUGAUUUUCAUUUCUCUCAGAAUAGAAAUUGGGUUUCAUCAUCUGAUUUGAAUUAUCACUUCGAAAGCAGUUGCAUUUACAAUAGUUAUUUUUUCUAGUCUGCCAUCAAAAUCUCUGUGUAUGUUAAGUAUACACAGUAGAUUGAACUGAUAUUUUCAGAAUGAUUUCUCAUCGUAGUGCUAUUGAAAAGACCUGCUCUGUUAAUUAAGUUAUUAGUUUGAUAAAUUAUAUUUUAUGUUGCAUGAUCUUGUUACUUAAUAGUGUACAUAAUUAUAUUUUUCUUUGAACCAAACAAUAAUCCAGUUUGUACCUGAUGAACAUGGUAAUAAACUCAAUUGAGAUCUA